GUUUAAUAGGGCCAUUUUGGUUUUGUUUCUAUCGUAAUCGUUCCCUUUUCCAUUUUCAUUUCAUUGCUUGUGUAAGUUCAACGAGUUUCUCUGCAGCACAACGUUUGGGUUUUGAAGAACAGAGCAUAAGGUCAUCACUUUGCACAGCAUCUACCAUCAUUCAAAAGGUAAAAAUGGAUUUCUUUAGAGAAUUGAGAGAGCUAUGGGGUAACCAGGGUAGGGAGGAAGAAGAGGGGGUGAUUGCCGCGGAACCUAUCGUGAUGAUAGUACCACCGUGUCUACAGGAUUUGCCGGAGACAAUGACGCCGGAGAGUAGCACCAGUUCAAGCGUCGGAGACAAUGAUGACGGCCACCACGCUUCACCGUCCAGCAGCUCGCCUUUUGGGGAUUCGUCAAAUCAUGAGGAAGAGCAAGAGAACGUAGGUGGUAACAAACAGGGUCUGCCUGCGACUGGAGAAUGGGAGAGUAAGGUACUCCCGGGCAGACUGAGUAACAUACGCAAGGCUCCUAAGGAUUUGCCUGCCGGAUUUAGAUUCAGGGCGGCGCUUCAUCACGAAGUAGCGGAUAGUGCGCCAUCAAUAAGUGGGUACAAGAGGCUGGAGGAGAUGGUAAGGGAGUACCAAAUCCCCAGGACAAUAUUGCUGCGAACUGGCGGGCAGAACGAGAGGGCUUGCUCGGUGUCGCAGGCGGGCUGGAUACCCUUGUAUGCAGAUCAUUUUGACGCUGGUCUGCGAUUUCCCCUGCCCGGGCUGGUAUUCGACCUGCUGGCAGACUACGAGCUGGCUUUGACGCAGCUGACGCCCAACAGCAUAAGUUUCAUUGUGGGCUUUAUGCUGUUGUGUGCGAGAUUGGAGGUACCGGCCAAGGCGAUAGUGUUCAGAUCUAGAGGCCCUGUUACCCUGGAGCUGCUCGCCGUGUUCGGGUUUGUCGACGUGGCAAACCUGUUCACAGAAGGAGAAAUGAGCAGCAUUCUCGAAUGCCAAUGCCUACGAGCACAGAGCUCACGCGAUCGUGGGCCGGGCAGCACCACACAGAGACAGACGGUGUUCGACGAGCGGUCGCCUGCAGCGCCUCAAUCACGCAGCUCGUCCCAUCGAGGAUCCAUCUUGGCAUCUAGGCCGCGGACUGAGCAUAGCCUCAAUCACGCAGCUCCCAGUGCACGUAGGCGUGCACGUGAGGAGACGGAGAGCGAAGAGGAUGAGGUUUCCCUCGCUCGGCGCAAAACAAGCGGGGGGACUCAGCCCGCGCAGGCGGCUCGUCCUGCAACCGUGCGUUCACCCAACGCACCAUCAGCGACUGCGCGGGCAGCAAUAGAGCUCACCUCUGCAUCGGCUUCGAUGUUGGGCCCCAGGAUUGCUUAUCCUGAGGGCUUUAGCUAUGUGCGGGCGGAGUGCCAGCCCGCCAUGGUGCAAGGCAUGCACAGCUUUGUGCCCCCUGCCGAUAGUAAGCGGGCAAAAGCUUUUGUGCAGCAGCAUGGCAGCCAGGUCGCCAUGAUAAAACUGAUGGAUCUGGCUGCAGAGAAGGCUAGCCUCGUGGACGACGUCAACCGUCUACAAGGCUCUGAAAUGGCCAACCGAGCAGCUGCAGCGGAGAGUCGAGCUGAAGAGCUCGCAAAUAGGAUCAAUGAGCUUAAGGAGGAGCUAGAGCGAGCCCGUGCUGAGAGAGAAAGUGGGAUUCAAGCGGCGAAGGAUGAGGCCGCUCGGGUCGCUGAGGCUGACAAGAACCUCAGCGCUACCAAAGAGGCGCUGAACGAAUUGAAGGCAUCUCAUGUGCGCUCCGUCGGUACUGCCCGAGCCCAAAGAGCAGAAUGGCUGGUCGGCUCGUCCACGUUCCAAGACGCAGUGGCGGUGGCGUCUGCUAACAUGACCACGGAGAUCUACAACGAGAUCCAUGGUAAGGUGUUGCACCACCGCCCUGACUUCCCCAUCCACAAGCUGGCGUUCUUCGAUGGGGAAGAUAUUGACGAGCAGGGUAAGAGCCUUGCUCCCCUGGCUGACACAACGGUGCGGUUGAGAUGGGAUCUCAACGAGGAGGGAGUUCCUGUCUGGCCUCCCUCAGUUUUAAAAGAAGGGGAGGACCCAGUGGGGCUGCCUUCCUUUGACGGAUGGGUGGAAGGGGCUCCUGUUGCUGAGCAGGAGCCAUCUAGCACUCCACCAGACUCUCAGCCCGCCGUGGUGCCAACUCGAUCUCCCGUUAUGGCACCAGCUUCAGAGGUCGCUGCUCGCUCGCCACCAAAUCGCUCAUCUCCGCCUAUAGCUGACGCAUCCAUGCCCGUCGAUUUAACGAAUGACUAGGCUUAAGACUUUUUUCUUUUGUUCCUUUGUAUUUUCUUUUGAUUACUUGUAUUGAUCAAUGACAUUAUAUGUCAUGUACUUCAACUGUAAAUGGUCAUUGAUGAAAUACAAAUUGAAUUUCCUU